AAAAUGGCGAGCUAUAUGUGGAGGAAGUACGCAGACUAUGUGUAUACAAAAUGGGAAAGAAUGAUUCUUUGGAACAUGGUCGAGCCCUACACUCGCCCCAAGUCGUUUACUCCUCUCGUCACUAUCUACGUGGCUGCUUUCUACACCGGAGUCGUCGCCUCCGCCAUCACUGAACAGCUCUACAAGGAAAAAUACUGGGAAGAUCAUCCUGGCCAUCAAGUCCCUCUUAUGAAGCCAAAGUUUUAUGGAGGACCUUGGAAGGUAGAGAGAGGAGAGGUUCCAGCCUCUCUCCCACCCCCAUAGUAAAGUUUGAGAAAUUGUUGAAAAGUUUCUACUAUCAUUUGCAAACUUCUGUUUUGAAUGUUAAGGACAUAUUCUGCCUAGAAGAAAAGAGGAAAUAAGAAAAACAAUAUGAAUAGUGAACUGUUUGGUACUUCUGGUAA